AGCGCCAAAAUGUACGGACUGCUCUUGGAGAAUCUCUCCGAGUACAUUAAGUCUGUGUACGGCGAGGAGAAAUGGGAGGACAUCCGACGACAGGCUGGCAUCGAUUCGCCCUCGUUCAGCGUCCACCAGGUCUAUCCCGAGAAUCUGCUCCAGAAGUUGGCCAAAAAGGCCCAACAGGUUCUGGGCGUUUCGGAGCGGGAGUUCAUGGACCAGAUGGGCGUCUAUUUCGUUGGCUUCGUGGGUCAGUAUGGCUACGAUCGCGUCCUUUCCGUUCUGGGUCGCCACAUGCGCGACUUCCUCAAUGGCCUGGACAACCUGCAUGAGUACCUGAAGUUUUCGUAUCCGCGGAUGAGAGCACCCAGCUUUAUUUGCGAGAAUGAGACGAAGCAGGGUCUGACCCUGCACUACCGCUCCAAGCGUCGUGGGUUCGUCUACUAUACGAUGGGUCAAAUAAGGGAAGUGGCGCGGUACUUUUAUCACAAGGAAAUGCACAUCGAGCUGGUUCGGGAGGAAAUCCUCUUUGACACGGUCCAUGUCACCUUCCAAUUGACCUUCGAUAAUCGGGCAUUUACCCUGGCAUCCUUGGCGAUGACGCGGGAGGAGAAGCAUCUGCCCAUCAGUGCCCAUGUGCUGUUCGAGAUCUUUCCGUUUUGCAUGGUAUUUGGUGCUGACAUGGUGGUGCGCAGUAUUGGAAACUCUUUAAUGGUGAUUUUACCCGAACUGUUGGGCAAAAAAAUUACAGCCUGGUUUGACUUGGUUCGUCCUUUAAUUGCAUUCAAAUUCCAAACUAUACUCAAUCGUACUAAUAACAUAUUUGAGCUGGUCACUGUGGACCCAGUUACCGAGAGAUUUGACGUCCAAAACGAGGAUUUACUUCAACAUGAGGACGGCAGCGAACCGGAAAAGUCAUUAAGAUUAAAAGGUCAAAUGGUCUAUAUGGAAAACUGGCGAAUGAUAAUGUUCCUGGGUACUCCCGUAAUGCCCGAUCUCACCUCACUGAUAACAACUGGCCUCUAUAUCAACGAUCUGUCUAUGCACGACUUUAGUAGAGAUCUUAUGCUGGCGGGUACACAACAAUCAGUGGAACUAAAAUUGGCCCUGGAUCAAGAACAACAAAAGUCCAAGAAACUCGAAGAGUCGAUGAGAUUGCUGGAUGAGGAGAUGAGAAGAACCGAUGAACUUCUUUAUCAGAUGAUACCCAAACAGGUUGCUGAUCGUCUAAGACGGGGCGAGAAUCCCAUUGAUACUUGUGAGAUGUUUGAUAGUGUCUCCAUUCUGUUUUCCGACAUCGUGACCUUCACGGAGAUCUGCAGUCGCAUCACUCCAAUGGAGGUGGUGUCCAUGCUUAAUGCCAUGUACUCGAUCUUCGACAAGCUGACGGAACGGAACUCGGUGUACAAGGUGGAGACCAUUGGAGAUGCUUACAUGGUGGUGGCGGGGGCCCCGGACAAGGAUGCCAAUCACGCCGAGCGAGUCUGUGAUAUGGCCCUGGAUAUGGUGGAUGCGAUAACCGAUCUCAAGGAUCCCUCGACGGGCCAGCACUUGAGGAUACGUGUGGGUGUCCACUCGGGCGCCGUGGUGGCGGGCAUUGUGGGCCUAAAGAUGCCCCGCUAUUGCCUUUUUGGUGAUACCGUAAAUACCGCCUCUCGCAUGGAGUCCACGAGCAUUGCCAUGAAGGUGCACAUUUCGGAGUCCACAAAGAUCCUUAUCGGUCCCAACUACAAGAUCCUUGAGCGCGGGGAGAUCGAUGUGAAGGGCAAGGGCACCAUGGGCACUUACUGGUUGGAGGAGCGCGAGAACAGGUUGCCUCUCCAGCUGACGGCGGCUCUGCAGGUUCAUCCGAUCUCUCCGGCUCCGCCAACACCCACUCCCAAGACGAAGGCCAUUAUGCCACCGGUGGCCAAGCCGUUGACUCCCUUGGCUCCCGUUUCCGUUACGAUUCCUCCCGCUACUGUUCCUUCAGUGGAUGUGGUGGCCCCCUCGUCCAGCAUUUCCGGUUUGGUGCUUACAGCCGCUGCAGCGGCUCACAUGUCGCUUCAUCAUCAGGCGGUGGUGGCGGAGGGAUUAACUGGAGCCCAAGGAGCUGGGGGAUCAGCGGUAGUCGCAGAUGCCGGAGGAGGAGCUCCCGCUGGAGCAGGGGCACCUCCAGAUGACCGCAACAGUCGCAUCUACUCACCCGUAACCUUCAAGGACGUCGCUCGCCGCAGCGUGGCCAAUUCUCCCGUGAGGGGCAAUGCCGGUUACUCCUAUCCGGAUCAGGAAAAACGCCGCGAAUCCCGCUCCAAUUCCACUGGCCACGUUUUUAUGCGCACUCCCUCGGAUAUAUUCGGCUCACUCAUCCUGGACACCGAGGAGUUUCUCGAGGAUCUGCAAAUCUCUCGCGGUUCCCUGGCCAACAACAACAACAAUCCGCCCCCUUGUGGCUUCAGUCCGACGCCUCCAUUCCGGAUUGGCAGUGCGCCACCAAAGCCGAGGCCCAGUAAUCCGGAUAAGUUUACGCCGGAGGAACUGGCCGCCAUGGAUCAACUGACACCGCCUUCGACGGCUCCGGCCAGAGAGACGGCCAGCUGCAGCAGUGCAUCUUUGGAUCGCGACAAGGCAGCCAAGCUCAAGAAAAUCACCUUCUCCAACAGCAGCAGCCUGGAUGCAGCUACUCCAACUGCCGCCGUGGUGUGUCCCAUGCGAUCCAAGUCGCCACCAGUGCAGGCAGUGCAGGUGGUGCAGGCGAGUACCAGCAAAAGCGAUCCCAAACGGCCGGGCUCCAAGGAUUCGGUCUCAUCCAUUUCCCUGCACUCGCCGCCUCCUCAUCGCUCGAACUCGGCGCCAGCUAGACCCCAUUCCAUGUCAAAGGCGGCGCGCAAGGCCUUCCUGGCCGCCAAGCAAACAAAGGCCAUGGAAAAGCUGGACAAGAUGAUCGAAGAGGUCCACGAAGUAGAGUCGCAGUCGGCCACGAAGGCGGCCAACAUGCGGCUGGCCCUCUUCGGUCAUGACGGAGGUGGUGGCGGCGACAUGGCCGCCGGUGGUUGUCCACUCUUCCUGCCACCACCGCCGCCACAGCAACAGCGUCUGAUGCCCAGCUCCAUCUCAGACUCCGGGCUCUGCAGUCAUGGGCACAGCCAUGCUCCCAGCUGCCAUCACCUGGAGCCCAAGAUGAGCAACAGCCAGAGUUUCCAGCACUCCCCGCGCGGCGGAAUAACCCAUCAGUGCUGCAGUGGCUUUGGACACGGAAACGGACGUCACUCGCACCGGAUGCACUCGAAUGCCUGCGGGAUUCUGUAGAGGAUCUGGGCCACAUCUCUCCCCAAAUCCAUAUCAUGUAUACUGACUCUGAUUCUGCUCAAUGUUCCCGCGUGCUUUUCGGUGUAGUUACGAUAACUAGUCAGCAAUUAUUAGGAUUUAGUUAGUUGUUGAAUCUCAUAGUGUAUAGACUAGAAUAGAUAAGGAAUGUACCUAAAUGUUAUAAAUACCCAGCAGGCUUUAAAAUUCGGCAAGUCAGUGUCUAAAUACGCUAAGAAUCUGUAAAAACUGUAGGCACCCUCUAUACUCGUGUGCUUUGAUCAAAAGAUUUCAAAUUUCUUGACCUCUAAAUAUGACAAUACCAACAGGAAACCAAAUUACAAAAGGACAUUUUCAUGAAACCACCUGAGGCAGAGUUUGCUCACAAAAUAAACUAAUCCUAUUAUACAUAUAUGUAUUAUAAAAUCUCUAUAUAUUUGUAGUAGUUAAAUGGUUAAGUAGAUUUUAUGUGGACACGAAUACUAAAUAAAUAUUUCCAAAAGAAUUCAGAAUUAUGUAUUUUCUAAAUGUUUAACUAAUGGUCCAACUAACUGUUUGAUUGUGAUCCGUUAAUGCUAUAAACACCUAAAGGAUCAGUAAAUAGUAUAAAUACUUACUUUCGAGACAUCUCUAAAGACACAUUCGUUUAAAAUACUUU